AUGACAACUGAGCAGCCCAAAUCGACAACAACAGAACAACCGCCUUACCCACCCCCUCAUUUCGCGUUUGCUGGAGCUCCGUAUCCUCCUCCUCCUCCUGGAGCUUUUCCACCAGCUUUUUUUGCUUAUCCAACCCCUCCUGAUGCUCAGCAAGCUGACUCGAAUGGCUCUGCUGGUGGAGCUCCAGCUCCGCCGCCGUUUCAAGUGAUGUAUGGUCCUCCUGGGAUGGUUUAUGCUUUUCCACCCCCAGUUGCGCCAGCUAACACACCACCACCCGGCUCAGCGCGCCCCAAACGUAAACAAGUCAAAAUGGCGUGUACGAAUUGUGCAGCAGCAUGUAAACGAUGUGAUGACGGUCGCCCUUGUGAACGAUGCCAAAAAUACGGCAUCGCAGACUCUUGCGUAGAUGGGCAAAGGAAAGAGAGAAAGAAAGGUGUCAAACGAGGUCCGUAUAAACGGAAGAAUAAAGGUGUCGAUGGUUUUGAUUUCCCGCCGGAAGGUACUGAAUGGACAGUUCCACCACCUUCUGCAGCCACCACCGCCGCAGCUAUGCACGCCGUUGCACAGUUUGCUCCUCCUGAAGGUUUCUAUCCUAUUUACUACCCUCCUCCGGGGACCUAUCCUCCUCCAGAUGGACAAACUACUGCCGAGGGCACUCCGAGCGCUCAUCCGCCUCCUAUGAUGCCGCUGUACAUCAGUGGUUUUCCACCAUACCCCUAUGCACCUCCUGGAGCUGUUUUUAUUCCUCCUCCAGGGACAAAUCCGCCUCCACCGCCGAAUGCUGCAGCAACUACCUCGGCCACUGCAGCCCCAACGACGGUCGAGGCUGGAUCUGUGCCUGAGGCGGAAAAGAAAAUGGACGACGUGCCUGGUGGACCUGUUGUGAAUGGUGAUAACGUUGAUCCAGCGAGUACAACAGCUAAUGGAAGUACCAAGAAACGCAAACAGUCAAACAAAUCUGUGGAUGGCAAGGCGAAGAAACUCCGAGCGUCGGCAAGUAGGGACUGCGAUGAUGGCGGUCUAUCGACUGACGAUUAA